AUGUCUUCGAACCCGCAAACUGCUCUCUCGGCCAAAGCAUCGAACCCCUCCAAAUCCGUCGGCCUCUCAAAUCAAUCCACACCCUCUUAUUCUCAGACCAACGCCUACUUUGGAGAAGUUCUCGGUCAACGAAGAAGUGGCGGUUCAGGCAGCUCCAACGCCGCUAGCUCCAAGCCAUCACCAACCCCGCGCAGCAGCCAAAGUGCAAAAGCAAAGCACAAGCAAUCGAAGAAGUUUAGACUCGCGGAUGAGGAUGCUAUUGCUGAAUCCGCCGCCAUGCAUUCGACUAGCAGCCGCAAGGGUCAAACCUCUAUCACUCAUUUAAUGAACUUUUCUCUUCCGCCACGUCCUCAAGCACACCAGCACAACUCCAGAUAUGCCUCAGGCCGUCCUCGACGUAAUCCAACUUGGGGGCUAGGUUCUGGAUACCAUGCUGUAGAUAAGGCAAGAUACGUUCACGCCAACUAUCGUUUCAUUGUUGACCCCAGGGCCGACUAUCGCCCCCAACGCGUCGACGCCGACGUUCAUAUCGACUGGAACAAUGUAUUGCAAAUCCUCGUCUCGACUGAGUCCCAGUCUUCUGCAUGUCCUAUCUGUCUGGGCACACCCACCGCCCCAAGAAUGGCCAAAUGCGGCCACAUUUUCUGUUUGCCUUGUCUGAUUCGAUAUAUGCACUCGGAUGACGGUACCGCUACUGGAGCCGAAAAGAAGGCACGCUGGAAGAAGUGCCCAAUCUGCUACGACUCCAUCUACAUUUCUGAGACAAGGCCAGUCCGCUGGUACACUGGUGCCGAGUUCGAACCCCCGAGAGAGGGAGAUGACGUGGUACUGCGUUUGAUACAGCGUCCUGCUGGCUCUACCCUUGCAAUGCCUAGAGAAAGUCCCGACGCCCUUGGAAAAGGAGAUGACAUUCCAUGGUAUUUCGCAGCCGAGGUGAUGGAUUAUGCUCGCGUCAUGAAAGGUGGUGAAGAUUAUAUGCUGGCCCAGCUGGACGAGGAGAUCCAGAAUGUCAGAGCUAUGGAACAAGAGGAUGAAGUCAUGUUCGGAGACGACACUCAAUGGACCAGCAAAGCGGUACGUGCUUUGAAUGAGGCGAAAGAGAAGAUCAAGGGUAUCGGCAACCCACCAGCAGCACCUAAGAAACCCGAGGAGCCUGAGCACAAGAAGCCCGCCAUACAAUUCAACCAGACCGAUGAUGGAGUACCGGAAAUGUAUGCCAUUCAGCAGGCUAUCAAGUCAGGGCAGAGUCUACCUAAUGGACAGGCCGGACAAGCGGAUCUCUCAUUGAACGAGAAAGAGGUCGGCACCAAGCAGGAAGAUCCCACGACCAGUAUCCUGUCAACAUCACUAGCAGAGUUUCGUGCACGCCAACAUGCAGAACGACAACCGGACACCUACUUUUUCUACCAGGGGCUCCUGCAUUACUAUCUGUCAUCUUUGGAUAUUCGCAUUCUAAAGGCUGCCUUUGGAAGCUAUGACAACUUCCCAUCCUCGAUACUUCCGCGUGUUGAGCGGGUGUCAACAGGCCACAUUGUCGACGACGACUUGCGCAAAAGAGUCAAGUACCUUGGACAUCUACCCUAUGGCUGCGAGGUAAAUUUCCUGGAAUGUGACUGGACCGACACCGUUCCGCCAGCAAUUCUUGAACAGUUCCAGGGCGAGAUCGAAAAACGCCGCAAGCGAAACAACGAUAAGGAGGCACGGGAAGAAAAGGAACGCAUCCGCGCCGAGAAGGCUGAAGAUCGAGAGUUCGCAGCCGCUCGGCGAAGAAGGGUCAGCAUUCCCACCGAAAGCAAGUUCAGGCCGGACGAUUUCAUUCCACUGGGUGCGACUGGUUCGGACGCAGCGGGCUCUUUUGAUGGUCAUGGAUCCUCCUCUUCGCCACCUUGGAGCAACAGUCACAGACCGCAAGGGUCUGCGUAUGCCUCUCUCGCGUCACCUGGUACAAGUCCAGCUACAUCAAGGACGGUUUGGGGCACGACUGCAGUUGCACUGAGUAGUCCUGAACUCGCCGCUCUUCAACAUGGAAACAUGGACGAUGGGUGGCUCGAUGGCUGGGAGAAGGAAUUGAGUCAGGAAGACGACUUGAUUGCCCAAGUGCAAGCAGCAAGUCUCGGCGAAGGAGCAUCUUCGUCCAGCAAAGCCGCAGGAGCAGCGAAAGGCAAGAAGAAGGGCAAGAAGAUUACGUUGAUGAGCACUACGGCUAGACGAGGCGCUUGA